AUGCUAAAGGACCAAAUUUUACCUCAUCAGUCCCUGUUAAGGAUAAUUAGUACAGGACAGUCUUGGCUGAGAGUUGCCCCAGUUUCCUGCUUCAACAGUGCUUGGGUAGACCCAGCACUCAGCUCCCAUCCGCAUGGGCUGCAUAGAUCAGGCCCGCCUUCAUUCCUCGUUGCACCCUCAGAUGCCCCAAGGCCCCCGCCACUCACCCAGAAAAUUGUGUCUCCCUCUCAGUUACGCCAGAACUACCACCGGGACGUGGAGGCCGCCAUCAACCACCAAAUCUAUGCCUUCUACAUCUACCUAUCUGUGACUUACUACUUUGACCGUGAUGAUGUGGCUUUAAAGAACUUGGCCAAAUAUGUUCUUCAACAAUCUCAUGAGAAGAAGGAACAUGCUGAGAAACUGAUGACGCUGCAGAACCAACGAGGUGGCGGAAUCUCCCUUCAGGAUAUCAAGAAACCAGACUAUGAUAACCGGGAGAAUCAGAUGAAUGCAAUGGAGUGUGCGUCACACUUGGGAAAAAGUGUGACUCAGUCACUACUGGAAUUGCACAAACUGGCCACUGACAAAAAUGACCCCCAUUUGUGUGACUUCAUUGAGACUCAUUACCUGAAUGAGCAGGCGAAACCCACCAAAGAAUUGGGUGGCCAUGUAACCAGCUUGUACAGGGUGGGGGCUCCUGAAUCCGGAAGGACAGAGUAUCUCUUUGACAAGUACACCGUGGGAGACCGCGAUGAGAGCUGAGCCUUAGGCUCUUCCCAUAGCCAUGGGUGACAUCCCUGGUCACAAAAGCAGGACAUGAACAUGGGGUCACCUUUACCUUUUCUAUAAGUUGUACCAAAUCAUCUACUUAUGUUCUUUCCCUUGUAUCAUUCCUUCAAAUAAA